CCCUGCAGCUACAAGCCAUCUAUUGUGGGACCAGGCUUCCCUGUGCAUGUCCAGCAUGCAGCACCACGCACGCCAGCACUGGCUGUGGUGCUGAGGGCUAUUUUACAGUGCAAGGGAUAAUUACCAGUAAGAAUCAGGGAACUAGAAAUCAAAGACAUACAGUAGGAGGCAUUUAGGGAUGAAAAAGAAAAAGCCAGACUGGGCUUUCACACACACACAGACAUGCUUUUUUCUAGGACCAUACUCAAUUUCAUGAGCUCCCUCUCCCUGUUCCCACAGGAAUCAUUAUGACCAGUGCUGUUAUAAGCAAUAUCAAUUGCAGAGCACAUCCCUAAUUCUUUGCAAGAGGUUGGCAAAGUGAAACCCUGGUAGCGCUGAAGGAAAUGGCAAAAUCCCCACUGAUUCCCACAAGGUCAGGGUCUCACUCCCUCUCUGAAUUUUACUGCGCGUCUCCCAGCCUGCCCCCAGCACUACUUAGGAAUCAUUUUAUAUGAAAUUUUGGGCCACGUGGCAGCCACAUACGCUGGAAGUGUACAAUAUGCCACAGAAAGGCCCAGAGUCUUGUGUUCACAUAGCAAGGGAGGAAAAUGUGGAUUUUUCUCCAAGCUCCUUAGCAUGCUUGAAGUCCCUAUGCUCCUCAGCUUAAAGAUGUGUCCUAACACUCCGACGCUGGAAUUUUCCAGCAUUAUCUCUCUGUUCAUGUAUCAAUACGUGUCCAGACAAUUUCUUCGCAGCCACACGGCCAUUACGUUAAGAAGCAAGAAGCUGAUAAUGCCAGCAAGCCAGGAGGCCAGUGCGCUGACCCUUGCCGAAAUAGGCAUUGCUUCACGGGGAGAUAAGAGCCUCCCACCUCCAUGGGUGGGCCUCUGGAGUGACCAAUGAGCGUGGACAGGCGCCAAGGUCCGGUAUCCCCUUCCCCUUUAUAAUCAGGGCUUCCAGGGCCAUGAGUCCAAACCUGCUCUGAGUGUUCAUUGCAAGGAGCCUGAGCCUGCACCCUCCUGCACCAUGACGCUGACUCAAGCUGAUAAGGCCGCCGUGGUCACCAUCUGGACAAAGGUGUCUACCCAAGCCGAUGCCAUCGGGGCAGAAUCGCUGGAGAGGCUUUUCUCCAGCUACCCCCAGACGAAAACCUACUUCCCCCACUUUGACCUCAGCCAAGGCUCAGCUCAGCUUCGUGGCCAUGGCUCCAAGGUCAUGAAUGCCAUCGGGGAAGCCGUGAAGCACAUUGAUGACAUUAGAGGUGCUUUGGCCAAACUCAGCGAGCUGCAUGCUUACAUCCUCAGGGUGGACCCCGUCAACUUCAAGCUGCUUUCCCACUGUAUCCUGUGCUCCGUGGCUGCCCGCUAUCCCAGUGACUUCACCCCAGAGGUUCAUGCUGCGUGGGACAAGUUCCUGUCCAGUGUUUCCUCUGUUCUGACUGAGAAGUACAGAUAAAUGGCCUCCACGAAGGGUGAGGGACACGCAUCUGUGGUGCGCCCCGGCUGCCAGGCUUUGGGGUGUGCACCCCUUCCUAUGCAGUCCUCUCAAAUCCCCUCUGCAGGGGCUCGCUCCUCUGCAAAACCCAAUAAAUAAUUCAAAUGUGAACUCUGGUCUCUGUGCUUUCAUCUCCAUGCGUUCCAUCUACACCUUGCUGUUCUGGCAGGGGUGUUCCAAAAUGGCUACACAAUGGGGAGGGGAAAAUACUAAGCUGUGUAAAUUAAUUCAUGUUGUAAUUAAUUAAUGUACCGAUUCAUGUGCUGAGCUGUGUAAAUUCAGUGGGAAUAACAUGACAUGAUAUUCAGUGGGAAUAACAUAACACAAUAUUUGGUGCAAUAACAGAACACUGAGCAGAAGCCCAGAACAGGCUAGAGCCCUGUGACUGCUACUGCUCACCAAGGGUAGACCCACCAAAGAUUGUUUCCAGGCUGACCAGGAAAGACUCUUUUACCCCACUGGGAUAUUGAAUGGACCCAGAUUUUUCAUUUGGCCCAUCCAAAACCCACCACAGCCUGUUGUGAA